AUGGGGUUUGGGGGAUCAUUUGGUUGCUGUUUUGUGUCUGGUUCGAGCUGUUGGUUGCAGCAGUGUUGUUUUGUGAUGAUUCUCGCCGGAGAUGGCGGAUCUGAUGGGUUUGGGGUCGGGGGUCAGCCCGGCCUAGCCUGUCAAAUUUCAAAAUUAUAUGUAUUAACCCAAUGAGGUGGGUCAACCCAUAUUGACAACUCUAAUUUUAAUGAUAAUAUGGUCGCAACAUUCGAUAUUCUUGGAGCUUUUGAGUGGUUAGGAACCAAUCCAAUGCCCCCUGAGUUUUGGAUUCUUCCAUCUUUUCUUCCUAUGAAUCCAGCAAAAAUGUGGUGUUACUGUCGAAUGGUUUACAUGCCAAUGUCUUAUCUCUAUGGGAAGAGAUUUGUUGGUCCAAUCACACCUCUCAUUUUGCAAUUGAGGGUUGAGUUAUAUAGUCAACCAUACGAUGAAAUUAACUGGAAAAGAGUACGCCAUUUAUGUGCAAAGGAGGAUCUCUAUUACCCUCAUCCAUGGGUUCAAGAUUUAAUGUGGGACAGUCUCAACAUAUGUACCGAGCCUCUAUUGACUCGUUGGCCUUUCAACAAGCUGAGAAAUAAAGCUCUUGCAGUUACCAUGAAACAUAUACAUUAUGAAGACGAGAAUAGCCGAUAUAUCACCAUUGGAUGUGUUAAUAAAGUAUUGUGUAUGCUUGCUUGUUGGGUUGAGGAUCCAAAUGGCAGUUAUUUCAAAAAACAUCUUGCUCGGAUUCCAGAUUAUUUAUGGGUAGCUGAAGAUGGAAUGAAAAUGCAGAGUUUCGGUAGUCAAGCAUGGGAUACUAGUUUUGCUAUUCAAGCAUUAUUGGCCAGUGAGAUGAAUGAUGAUAUAUUAGAUACUCUGAGAAAAGGACAUGACUUCAUAAAAACAUCGCAGGUGAAGGACAGUCCUUCUGGUGAUUUUAAAGGGAUGUAUCGGCAUAUCUCAAAAGGAUCGUGGACUUUUUCAGAUCAAGAUCAUGGAUGGCAAGUAUCUGAUUCCACUGCCGAAGCAUUAAAGUGCUGCCUUUUCUUCUCUACAAUGCCUUCAGAAUUAGUUGGUGAGGCAAUCGAACCUGCACGACUGUAUGACUCAGUGGAUGUUAUUCUUACCUUCCAGCAAAAAUGGGGUUUAGCCGCUUGGGAGCCUGCAGGGGCCUCACAGUAUUUGGAGUUGCUCAAUCCUACUGAACUUUUUGCGGACAUUGUCAUUGAGCACGAGUAUGUUGAGUGCACUGGCGCGUCAAUCCAAGCACUAGUUCUGUUUAAAAAGCUAUACCCUGGACACCGGACCACAAAGAUUGACAAUUUCAUUGAUAAUGCUGUUAAAUAUCUUGACGAUGUACAGAAGCCUGAUGGUUCAUGGUAUGGUUCCUGGGGUGUGUGCUUUACAUAUGCUUCCUGGUUUGCUCUUGGAGGGCUUGCUGCAGCAGGCAAGAGUUACAGCAACUCUGCGGCUGUUCGAAAAGGCGUUGAAUUUCUGUUACGAAGACAAAGGUCUGAUGGUGGUUGGGGAGAAAGCUAUCAUUCUUGUCCUGACAAGGUAUAUAAAGAGCUUGAAACAGAACACUCAAAUCUUGUACAAACUGCAUGGGCAUUGAUGGGAUUGAUUCACUCUGGCCAGGUUGAUAGAGAUCCAAGACCCAUCCACCGUGCGGCUAGGCUUUUGAUUAAUUCUCAAAUGGAAGAUGGUGACUUCCCACAACAGGAAAUAACUGGAGUUGUCAUGAAGAAUUGCAUGUUGCACUAUGCAGCAUAUAGAAAUAUAUUUCCAUUGUGGGGUUUGGCUGAAUACCGCAAAAAUGUCCAAGUACCAUUAGAACACAACUAA